GAGAGAAAUAGAAAGGUAGAGGAAGAAGCGAAAAGCAAGUAGUAGUGUCUGUUGUUGUUGUGUAAUAAAAGAAAACGAACGGUGGUGAUAGGCUUCAAUCUAGAUCUCAAUCGUCUCCACCUUCCUUUCUUCUCCAGCGUCCGAUUCCCUCACCGAUCUCGCGCCAAAUACAAACUAAUUCAUACCAUCACAGGUUUCCGGCGACCAUGGCCGACGGUCCGUCCAGUCCAGGCGGCGGCAGCCACGAGAGCGGUGACCACAGUCCCCGUUCUAACGUGCGCGAGCAGGACAGGUACCUCCCCAUUGCUAACAUAAGCCGCAUCAUGAAGAAGGCGCUUCCUGCUAACGGGAAAAUUGCCAAAGACGCCAAAGAGACUGUUCAGGAGUGCGUCUCUGAGUUCAUCAGCUUCAUCACCAGCGAGGCCUCUGAUAAGUGUCAGAGAGAGAAAAGGAAGACUAUUAAUGGGGACGAUUUGCUCUGGGCAAUGGCCACCCUUGGUUUCGAGGAUUAUAUCGAUCCCUUGAAAAUUUACCUCACAAGAUACAGAGAGAUGGAGGGUGACACCAAGGGCUCAGCCAAGGGUGGAGAGACCUCUGCUAAGAAAGAUGUUCAACCGGGUCCUAGUGCUCAGCUUGCUCAUCAAGGUUCUUUUUCCCAAGGGGUUAGUUACACAAAUUCUCAGGGUCAACAUAUGAUGGUUCCAAUGCAAGGCCCAGAAUAGGUGUCAAGUCUAUUAACCCUCCUGUUCUAAUGUACUAUCCACGCCGGUUAGCAAGUGCUCACGACAUAUUGAAUAUCUUAAUGUUAUGUGAAUACUGACAUAGAAGAUGUUGGUUCUUGUGUCCAGAUAUUUUUUUUCUUCUUAAGUUAAGGUUUGUAUAUUAUCUUUGGAGUUGAAUUGUUAUUUGAAAGUUGUUAUAUUGUAAAUCCUAGAGCCUUGUUGUCUGAAUACAUCGGCGGGCUUGGCAAAGACUGAGAUUUUAGGACUGACUGUAAGCAUAAAUGGGAAUAUUCUUUUCCUUAUUUCUUUGUGUAAUAAUGUAUGAAGAAGACUCCAGCUUCUUCUGUUAUA